ACCCCGGAUGAAAAUGCGGGCGGUGAGUGCCCAGGUGCUACUGCUACUGCUGCUUCUUGAAUUGGUGAGGGCUCGCGACUGCACUGGGUCUUCGCGCUGCACCGGCUCUUCGCGUCGCUACACCCCGGACUGGCCGAGUCUGGACUCCCGGCCUCUGCCGGCCUGGUUCGAUGAGGCCAAGUUUGGAGUCUUCAUACACUGGGGCGUGUUCUCCGUGCCGGCCUGGGGCAGCGAGUGGUUCUGGUGGCACUGGGAGGCCGAGAAGCUGCCAGCCUACCAGAAUUUCAUGAAGGAGAACUACCCGCCCGACUUUUCCUACGCUGACUUCGGGCCACAGUUUACAGCGCACUUCUUCCAUCCUGACAGCUGGGCCGAUCUGUUCGAGGCCUCCGGGGCCAAAUAUGUAGUCCUGACAACAAAGCACCACGAAGGCUUCACAAACUGGCCGAGUCCUGUGUCUUGGAACUGGAACUCUAAGGAUGUGGGGCCCCAUCGUGAUUUGGUUGGUGAGUUGGGAACAGCUAUCCGGAAGAGGAACAUACGCUAUGGACUCUAUCACUCACUCUUAGAAUGGUUCCAUCCUCUCUACCUGCGUGAUAAGAAAAAUGACUUCAAAACCCAAUAUUUUGUCCGUGCAAAAAUAAUGCCAGAGCUAUAUGACCUUGUUAACAGGUACAAACCUGACUUGAUUUGGUCUGACGGAGAGUGGGAAGGCCCUGAUACGUAUUGGAACUCUACAGAUUUCCUUUCUUGGCUCUACAAUGAUAGCCCAGUAAAGGAUGUGGUCGUAGUAAAUGACCGAUGGGGUAAGAACUGUUCCUGUCACCACGGAGGAUACUACAACUGUCAAGAUAAAUUCAAGCCAGAGACCUUGCCAGAUCACAAGUGGGAGAUGUGCACCUCCAUAGACAAGAUGUCCUGGGGCUACCGUCGCGACAUGAUGAUAACUGACGUUGCAAGUGAAUAUUCAAUCAUUUCGGAACUGGUUCAGACAGUAAGUUUGGGAGGCAACUAUCUUCUCAACAUUGGACCAACUAAAGAUGGACUGAUUGUUCCCAUCUUCCAAGAAAGGCUUCUUGCUGUUGGGAAGUGGCUGAGCAUCAAUGGGGAAGCCAUCUAUGCCUCCAAACCCUGGAGGGUACAGUUUGAAAAGAACGAGACCUCUGUGUGGUAUACCUCAAAAGGAUCAACUGUUUAUGCCAUUUUCCUGCACUGGCCAGAAUCCGGAAUCUUAAGCCUUGAAUCCCCCAUAGCUACCUCAACCACACAGAUAACCAUGCUGGGAAUCCAAAACGAUCUGAAGUGGUCCACAAAUCCAGGUGAAGGUCUCCUCGUGUACCUGCCCCACUUACCCCCCGCUGCCGUUCCGACUGAGUUUGCUUGGACUCUAAGGCUGACAGGAGUGAAGUGAUCAUUGGAGUUCAAGAAGAAAGGGACACUGCUUGCACUUUGAUUUUCCUCUUUAUACAACCGUCGUGGUAAUAAACUGCUCCUCUCUACUCAGAGAUGGUUUUUCUAAUACAUUUUAAUAAAAGGAACUGAUUACAUUACUCACAGGAUCAAAGGUCUCAGCUCCAUUGCUAACAUAGCUCUCUCUGAUCAGCAGAAGGGGACUGCACAGUUAAGCUCUGAGUUUAUCCAUUCCCAACUUUGGGAGUUACCCACAACGAAACUUCCCUUCAUUCUGUGUUCGAUAACCUGCUUGUUUACUCAAAUGACUUCAGGUCAAGAAUAAGCCAAGUUAUCCCGCUGCCUAUGGAAGGAGCUAACAAGGAUUUGGCAAGCUCCACCAAUGCUACUUAUGUAGCAUCAACUU